AGUCCGUGCGUGAGCGGUGUAACGGUGAGCUCCGGAGGCGGAGGAGGAGGUGACGGGCCGGCCCGGACCACUGUCUGUUCACCAUGGGUGCCGAGAGGAGGCUUCUGGUGGCCGCCGCGCUCAUCGCGCUGGUCUCGGCCGGCCCGCUAGUGGGGACACCACCGGCCGCAGAGCAGGACCGGUCGGUCACACACGCCGAACCAGCCGGCGCAAAAACGGCCGCCGACCAGCCGGGCGCAGCAACCGGAUCAGAGGACGGCACAGAAACGGCGACCGGUCGUCCCGCCGCCGGCGGCGACACCCAGAGCAAGAUCUACGACGGAAACAGCUCGGCCGAGGCAUUCUUCACGUACGGCGCUGCGCUGACCGGUCUCAUCUACGGGCUGAUGGGGGUCAGCUACCUGUACGGGCCGUACUCGAAGGAGGCGUUCCUAGCCGAGCAGCGCGCCGAGCUCCGCAAAAAGUACCUGGAGCGACUGGUGGGCACCACGGAGGCGACGCUGGAGCAGGAUUACGGCCACUACGCGGCCGAGGAGGCCGCCGCUUCCUCCGGGGGACUGUUCGGCGAGAUUCAGAUCCCGGCUCAGUAUACCAUCACCCGGAGGGAGGACGAGCAGGGGUACGAGCCUGGGUACCAGCCAGGGUACGAGCAGGGGCACCAGUACAGAGGGGAGGACUCGGUCAGCGACGACCGCUUUCAGCUGGUGAUGGCCAGAGGUGACCCGACGGCGGUGCACGGUGUGAACCGGCGGGGCCUGGAGGAUGUCAUCCCCAUCCGUCUGCCAGAGCCCAGCGCUCCUCCGACCCCCGUGGUCAAGGUGUUGGACAUGCGCAGCCCCAACUGUCGCGCCUGGGUGGCCUGCGUGCAGGACCGAGCCGACAGGAUGGUGCAGGAGCGGAGCGAACUGAGUCCGACUGAGUUUGACCCAUCGUGUGAGCUGUUUGUGAAGGUGUGCCCCACCAAGGCAAGAAGCCUCAAUAGCAUUACGCAACAGUGAUGUUGGCGGCAUCCAGGGGCUUCGAGUCUGCGACGCUUGUAGAAGACUUUCCCUCGGAAGAUGACUCAUUCUCUCUGGAAAAUGGCUCAUCGCCGAAAAAGACGGCCGUUCGUAUCCAGAAAAGGCUCUUAGAAGUGUUUCGAUUCUUUUUAAGUGGUCGUUUAUGCGAUGUAGCGUCUCAGUAAAGUUUCACGAAAAUACUCAAUCACCGUAAAUUAUAGGUAGGUAUGUAGUGUUUCUUUUUCUAGUGGUAAUUAACAGACUUUUUGUGUAUGUAUGUGAACUAUAGGCCAGCGGAUCUCUGGGUAAUUAAUUGUGCGCAUUAUAAUUUAUUCUUAGCAAGGCUGAAUGCUACGGUGCUAGUUUUGUUUGAUAGCCUAGCUUGUCACCGUGAAUGGUCACACAUACCAGACGUCGUGUACCAUCUGUGAAUUGUUAUACUCAUCACAAUUAUUCUGACGCUGAUAACUGUAGGGAGGUGCGAGUGAUAGCAAGAUAAGAUGCACGUAAUGUAGGUACUGCGUACCGCUUGUAGAAAAUAAAGAUAAUCGAACUCACA